CUCUCGCCUCGCUACGGUGACGAACGGUCGCUAGCUUGCGACAAAUCAAAACAAACAACUGUGAGUGGCUGGAUGCUACUUGGUAGCAGCACAUUAGCAGACUGAGUAUUUGUCUCAGAAAGAGACCUUCAUCAUGUCGAAUAUGGAGAAACAUUUGUUCAACCUCAAGUUUGCUGCCAAGGAUCUGCAGCGCAACUCCAAGAAAUGUGACAAAGAGGAAAAGGCAGAAAAGGCCAAAGUCAAGCAGGCUAUCCAGAAGGGUAAUAUGGAGGCAGCCAGGAUCCACGCAGAAAAUGCCAUCCGUCAGAAGCAUCAGUCCAUAACCUUCUUGAGGAUGAGUGCACGCGUGGAUGCUGUGGCUUCUAGGGUCCAGACUGCGGUCACUAUGAACCAGGUAUCUAAAUCCAUGUCUGGAGUGGUAAAGUCUAUGGAUUCUACACUGAAAAGCAUGAACUUGGAAAAGAUCUCUGCAUUAAUGGACAAGUUUGAAAACCAAUUUGAAACUCUUGAUGUGCAGACAGCUCAGAUGGAAGACACAAUGGGCAACACCAUCACUCUAACAACACCUCAGAAUGAAGUGGAUAUGCUGUUGCAUGAGAUGGCUGAUGAAGCAGGGUUGGAUCUUAACCUGGAACUUCCUUCAGGACAGACUUCCUCACUGGCUUCAUCUGUGGCAUCAACAGAGCAGGACGAACUCUCCCAGAGGCUGUCCAGACUGCGAGGCCAGGUGUCAUAAUGAUGUGGAAAAUGACAAGAUCAGGAGGAGGCAGAAGAGCAAGAGAAGCAAGAAGAGACAGGGAGAGAAAAAGGGGAGAUUAAACAAAAAAGGUGCCAUGUGCCUGCAAGCUCUGUGCCCUCCUCUGUGUUCCAGAUUCGUUCUUUUGUAAGAAAUAAAAGAAAGGGGGAAAAUGGAUAUUUACAUCCUGGUCCUAACUGUAUCCCACACAGUCCUUUCAUAUUAAUGUUCAUUUGCACUCUCAUAUUUAACGUGUAUUCUAAUUAUUUAUUAGCUCGGCAUUAGGACACUACUCACCGUGUUCUCUUUAUUUUAAGGUGGCACACCUUGGACUGGAUUUUUUGCUCGAAUUGUUGAAAAAACAAUUGUAUGUUGUUUAAUAGCUAAUACCUCAUUUCAAUAUAUACUAUGUAUAAAAUGCAAAAGAAGCAAUAUAUUUAUUUAUUUGUUUAUGUAUUUAUUUACUGAUUUACCGACUGGGUAUUGUUAAGAGUAUGCUUGUAUUGUUACUGUUCUGCAUGACUGAGGAUGCAGGGACCUUUAGUAUUGUUGCCUUGUCUUGGCUGUUUAGUGGUGAAACUCACUUAUUUUAUUUUUUAUAUUUUACCCAAAAAGAGGGCUCAUUGUAAAUGUUUGCCUGGGAGAAAGCUGGAAUAUUUUUGCAUGUAGCGGUUACCACUCUAGUGGCUCACCACGCACUUAUAUGCAAAGACAGAGUCAUUAAACAUUAACAUGUUUUACUUCUCA